AUGGUGAUUGAGUACGCUAAUGAUUCCAGCGUCGAUCUCUGUGGGGGGAAUGAUAUUUACGAAUGGCUUCUUCAAAACCUGGACACAUUGGAAGCAGAGUCCUUUCAUCUGGGCGACUUAAUCAUUAAGUACGGUUACAUUUAUCCACUGAAGGAUCCGAAGAGUUUAGUUUUGCGGACAGAUGAUUCUCCUUACCGGUUUCAGACCCCGUAUUUCUGGACCUCUCGCAAAUGGCCGGCAACAGAUCUAGAUUACGCCAUUUACCUGGCGAAGAGGAACAUCAAGAAGCAGGGAAACUUGGCCGACUAUGAGAAGACCUGCUACAGCCUGCUGCAUACACGGAUCAAUCAUGCCUGGGAUUUUGUGGUGAUGCAAGCAAACGAGCAGCUCAGGGCUGCGAAGCAGAGGAAGAGGUCAGACCGCAUUGUGUUGGAUUGCCAGGAGCAAGCCUAUUGGCUGGUCAACCGCCCCCCCCCAGGGGCGUUGAACAUCAUGGACUCUGGACCACGCAGAAACAACAUUCAGGCACGGAUCAAACUGAAGAUGAAGAAUAGUGCGUACUACAAGAAAGAGAUUGAAUAUUACAACAAUGCGUUAACCAGAUCAAGAGUCAAAUCAUCUAUUUCUUUGGAAGGCUUCGUCAAACACUGUGACCAGUACCUUCUCCACGACCCCAUCAUGAACAGCUGCCUGCCCAGCAACCCCUGGAUCAGCAGCGGCACCAUCUACUGGACCAUGAACGCUGACCUGGUGACCGUUCCCACCAGGCUACGUGCGGAACGCUGGGCUUUGAGUUUCCCGGAGUUGCUCCAGGAUCCACUGGGUCGGCAAGAAUUCCGUCGCUUCCUGGAGAAGGAGAUCAGUGCUGAGAACCUCAUUUUCUAUGAGGCCUGUGAAGAUGUUUGCCAUGGAGAGCAGUCGAAGAUCGAGGAAAAAGUAGAGGGCAUCUUCGAGCAGUUCCUUGCGGCCGGGGCCAGCAGGUGGGUGAAUGUGGACAGUAAAACAAUGGAGAAAACACUGGAUGGUUUACAUGCACCUCAUCGCUUUGUCCUUGAAGAUGCUCAGAUGCACGUUUACACUCUGAUGAAAAAGGAUUCUUAUCCACGGUAUUUAAAAUCGCAGAUGUACAAGAAUCUCCUGGCAUCAGCCACUGUUGCUCAGGAAAGCAAGAAAAGGUGGCAUCGACUGACCAGCCAGAUCCCCAGUGGCCUGACGUCCCGGCACCCAACACUGGACCGAAGGGACAAGGCUGCGACCUCUACUGUGUCUCAGCUGUGUCGCUUUUCCCACCCUUUGGCCAAUCUCGGAGUGUUCACCGGAACAAAUAUCCCAGAUUUCUCCAAGGAUGAACCUUCCUGGUCCCAGUCCAGUCUUCCCACCUUUUAUCCUGGAAUCUUCCCGACUGCAACCUCCUCCCCCUCCUGCUGUUCCGUCGACCCCCAGAGUGGGACUGUGAAUGAGACUGAGGUCGGUGUGGAAUCUCCGCGGUUCGUGCAGGUGGAAGAUGUGAGCGCUGCGGAGAGCAGGGGGACGACCACACAGCUCGAUGAGUGUGGAUGGAAUACCAGGUUUUAGCAAAAUGCCCGCAACUGCAAGAAACAGUGGCUGGUUUACCUAAAGUGCCUUCAUUUAUAUAAAAAGAUGCACUUUAUAGUUUUAUUCUAGAGUAUAUUUCAAACGGCAGCAAUAUUUUCCUUAAUUCAUCUUAGUAAUUUUUAUAACAAAUAUUAGAUGAACAUUCACUUAAUUACCAUCAUGGUCCACCAUUCUAAAGUUAUUUAAUUUGUGAAAGAGGUUUGUGUAAGUAUAUUGUCAAACUGAAAUAUACUACACUUGUAACUCUUCCCUUUUACUGCCCCAGAUGUCAACGGGUCCAUUCAAAUCCAUCUCCAAUGUCCGAUGUUGGUUAAAAUGUACU